CUAGGUUGUGUAGACAUAAAAAUCCAAAUUUUCGACUCAGAAAUGUUCAAUUGUAUUUGCUAACGAUAGAUGAUGUUUAAGCAUAGCUGUACUCACCUGACCACAUUGACCAAGCAACGUGUGCUCCAAUGGUUGGGCACCAUUGAGACGGUGCUAUUCGAUGCGGAUGGGGUACUCUGGGACAAUGACAAACCAAUUGCUAGCGCCGUGAAUGCCUUCAAUACGUUGCGUGCUGCUGGCAAGCGUAACUAUAUUGUGACUAACAAUACGACUGUUUCGUGCGAUGGUAUUCUGAAAAAGGCCAUCAGCCUUGGGCUGGAGACGGAUAAGGACCAUAUUAUAAGUGCAUCGCUGUCGGUGGCCGACUAUUUGGCAAACAAGAAGUUUCAGAAGAAGGUGUUCCUUGUGGGCGAGUCGGGCAUUAGUGAGGAACUAGCCAAUUUGGACAUUUGUUCAUUUACUGUUAAGCCGGAGCCAAUGAAUAAAUCGAUGAAAGAUUUCACUUUGGAAUUGAAGCUGGAUCCAGAUGUCGGGGCCAUUGUCGUUGGCAGGGAUGAUAACUUCAAUGUGCCCACACUUAUUCGAGCAAAUAGCUAUCUGCAAAAUCGCCGCAUUCUUUUUCUGGGCGCUGGCAUGGACAAGGGCUAUCCUAUCGGUGAAAAUAGAAGAAUGGUUGUUGGUGGAGGACCAAUUAUAGCCGCGAUUAAAACUGUCAGUGAGCGUAAGCCACUUAUUCUGGGCAAGCCCAAUCCAUGGAUGCUGAGGCGGCCAAUAAGCGCUGGUCUCAUUAAUCCGGAAACAACGCUCAUGAUUGGCGAUACCAUCCAAACUGAUAUAAUGUUUGCCUAUAACACUGGAUGUCAAUCGCUUCUGGUGGGCACGGGGGUCAGCAGCUUGAAAGAUGUGGCCAAGAUACGGAAUAGCGGUAACGACAAAAUGAUGGUGAUGGUACCGGAUUUCUAUUUGCCCAAUCUGGAGCCUAUUUCCGAGCACCUUUGUUAGUUCAAUUUUUGAAUAAACCGGAAAAGGGAUGACCUAAACAGUAGGAGUAUGCUGCCAAGCUAAUCUCGAUCCUUUUCAGUUUCCAUUUUACCUUGUUAACUAGCAUUUCCGCAUAUAAAAAUCAAUAUUUUGCCAAUAGCUGAA